UCAAUUUCGGGAGAAAAUCAGAAGAAAGAAAAACAUAGCAUAACUUCACGUCUCUCCCUGUAUCGUUACUCUCACGAAACGGAUCAACUGUCUCAGCGUUGAGGCUAAUAAUGAAGAAUCCUCCGACUCGAAGGCCUUACGGCUUUUUUGAGGAGUUCACAAUACGACGCGUAGGCUGUAACAGCAGUCAACAGUAUUGCUCGAGUUUUCCAGGACUUUGACUCAGUGUAUCGUGGAUACAUAUCCCUGACCAGUGACCACACCCCCUUGAUCUUCUCCCACUGUUUAUGUUUGGGAAAGAAAUUCCUCCAGCCUCAGAUCUUUCAAUCGUAUGUAAUCUGCCAACCUUUGUUAUCCUCACUGCACCGCCUUUUCCCCACUCCCUCGCUUUCCUGGUUUCUCAACAUCUCUCUUGUUUUGAUCCUGAUCUUGUGGUUUGACUUAUUGAGGACUAAUUUUCCUCUUUAUUAUUUGUGCUGGGGAGACUUCAAAUAUUUCCCUCCUACUCUCACUAUAUUUUCCUCUCUGUCUCCCUCCCUCUCUCCCACCCUCCCUCUUUCUAAUUUGCUUUCAUUACCGUUUCCUUUCAAGGCUGAGAGUUCUCCUCAAAGAUAACUUUGACUGUUUUCACUUCAGCACAAGGCAACGACUGCUGCUCCUAAGGACUUUUGGACGUUGACUGCAUUGAAAUGAAAUCACUCCAGAUUCUACUCCUCCCCGUUCUAUUGGUCAACUUCUCCAACCAAUUAGAAGACAACAAGAUACCGCCCAGUCUGUGUACGGGACACCCAGGUAUCCCAGGCACCCCUGGGUUGCACGGAGGUGCUGGCCAACCAGGAAGAGAUGGGAGGGACGGGCGUGAUUCUGCCCCAGGGGAGAAGGGAGAGAAGGGAGUCGGGGGAGAGCCAGGUGACGCAGGCUUUAGGGGCCUCACUGGAGACCAGGGGAACCCUGGAGAUAAAGGAGACAUGGGGCAGUCGGGGGAAUGCGCCAUCGCUCCCAAAUCAGCCUUCAGCGCCAAGUUGUCCGAGGGUCGCACCAAGCCCGUGGCGGCGGAAGACGCUGUGCGCUUUGACAAGGUAACGCUAAACGAGCAGGGCGACUACGAUAUGGAAACAGGACGCUUCACCUGCAAAGUCCCCGGCGUCUACUACUUUGCGGUCCACGCCACCGUCUACCGGGCCAGCCUGCAGUUUGACCUGAUGAAAAACGGUCACACGAUGGCGUCGUAUUUCCAGUUCUUUGGGAACUGGCCCAAGCCAGCGUCUUUGUCCGGGGGCUCGCUGCUGCACCUCAUCCCGGGCGACCAGGUGUGGGUACAGAUGGCGUUGGGAGAGUACAGUGGCUUCUACUCCAGCUCUAAGACUGACAGCACCUUCACUGGCUUCCUGGUGUACUCGGACUGGAAAAACUCUGCUGUCUUCGCCAAGGGCGAAGGGGUGUAGACAUGUGGGGGACCAAGUUUAGUGUGGGGGCUGGGGGGACCUCCCUCCAGAAAAUAUUUGAACAUUUUAAACAAAUUUACUGCCAUUCUACAUGACUCGUGGCUUCUUUAGAAGGUUAUUCGAAAACUCUGGUCUUUGCAUAAACACAUUAAGCAGUAGGCUAUGGCACAUACCAUACUGAUGAGUUAUGAUGAGGAAUCAGGUGAACUGUCGUGCUUUCAGCUGUGCUUUAGGUUAGCCUUUCGACUGCCGCUGUGUGAUGGUGAAUCGUUUUAACAGACGACCUGACGGUGGCCCUACACAGUUUUUGAUCUACAUGCAUCAGUUGGUAGGAAUUAGCAACAUCAGAAGGUUAUAUAUCCAGUUUAGUGGUGGAGAGGUAAAGAGGAUUCAAGAAGGCGUCAUACAGGUAUGUGAGCUGUUUAGGGCUUCCAACUGUGACAUCACUGACUGAUGUCAUUGGUACUUAGUAUUUUGUUACAAAAAAAUGAGUUGGAAAGUAUUCAAACGAAAGCCCUAAAAUAGGCUUUUCACAAUCGUUUAACUUAUCUGUCUGUGCAACCCUCAGUUACGUCACCAAUAAAAUUGUCAACUUUCA